AAAUAGACAAACGUCAUUCGAUGGACAAUGUCAUUUACGGAUUGUAAAUUGUAAUCAAUUGUAAUUAUUAUACAAAAGUUCUCUUUUAGAUACCGUUUAAACAUCUAAUCCGUACAUUAAUGAAGUUUUCAAAGCUAAACACUGGUAUAGUUUACGUGAUACGUACAAAAGGCGAAUGUUUUGAUGAUGUCCUCGAUAGCUCUGGAGAGCGAAGAUUUAGAUUAUGUCCCAGUCCAGGUCGUUCGGAUGGAGGACGUACAGCCUAGAGAAAUAAGGGUGGAAGUUCUCGACUCUAGUGAUGACAAUAACUUGAUUAACGAUGAUGACUCUAACAUUGGCAGUAUGGUUUCAAUUCAUUCGGAAGAGAUUGUGGAGGAAAUUUGUGACGAAGUCGAAGUCAUAGUUCCGCAAUCUGAACCACUUGUGGAGCUGCCUAUAGAAAUAGAAGAAAAGAAAGAGAUACACACAAACCCGCCUGACAGUUGGCCUACGUUAGAAAUACUUCCCGGUGGAGUGAUCAAACAUGCAGACAAAAACGAAGAUGAUUUCACAUCCAAAAUGACACCAAACACAGUUGAAAGUGGGGAAAUGAUGUAUGCAUGUGCAAAGUGUUCACAGAGCUUCAAAUACUUGUUUUGUUUGGUGAAGCAUGUCAGAUGGCACGAAGAGGAGGAAAAGAAGAAUAAGACCUUGAAUUCCUCAAAAUUAAGUUCUCCAAGCAACGAUGAUUAUGUCUGCCUACACUCCGGCGGGAAAAGGAUAAUCAUAUCCAAAACAAAUAAAAAGAAGGUACCAAAGAGACUGAAGUCAUAGUUUUAAUAUUUUUUGUUUACUGUUUGUUCUUCCGAUGUAAAAAUAUUUUUAAGUAUUACGUAAAGAUGUUAGAAAAUAUAAAAAUAGUUUAUGGUUACUUAUAUUUUUAUUGAAAGCGCAACAAACGUUGACAACGAUUCUUUUAUAUUUUAAAUAUGUUUUAUUAACAUUAUCUCAAUGUUUAGUCCUUUAAAUUAGAAUUUUUAUAUGUCCGAAUAUUAAUUGCUUUACUUUUGUUUGGGAAUUACACGAGAUUGAUCUCUCCAAUUCAGAAUUAACAACUAAGCUAGGGGAAUUUAAAAAUAUUGGUUGAUGUAACAUACUUUUUAGUUAUAUGUGUUAAAAAAAAACUAUAUAAAGUGCUUUGUGCAAAGUUUCAAGAGUCUACAACACUCAAUUAUAAGUCAAUGAUAUAUUGUCACUCUAGAAAGGUAUUGAGUGUUAUUAUAAUGCAUAAUGGACCUUCGUAAAACGCUGUUUUUAAAACACUAUUUCAAUCAACGUAGCCUGGUCAAAAUCUAUUGAUGGAAUAUUAUUGUGUAAAUUAUUUUAAAAGUAAUUCUUACUGAUGUGGAAUUUAAUGAAUUAAUUUUCAUUAAUUUACACAGAAGGAAGGAAUUAAUAAUCACAAAAAUAAAAUGUUACUUUUUGAAUAAAUUGCGAGGUUUUUUAGCUAAGGUUAAGGGGCCUAUACCGUCUACGAGGGUAAAUCCGUCUUUCAAAAAUUACCGGUGUUCUAAUUGAAGACAUCUUCCAUAAAUGGUGUAGGUAAAUACGCAAUUUAUCGGCGUUUAAUCUAUACCGUUAUCAAAGGUGCGCUUUGAUUUUAACGCUCGUAACUGCGAAAGACGGAUUUACCCCCGUAGACGGAAUAGGACACCAUAACCUUAUUUGUCAUGCCAAAGGCUUCGCUUUCAUGUAGGAAUCCGAAACUUGGGCCCUUGUAAGAUAUAUUAGGCCUCGUCACAUAUUUCCUUAUUGUGCUUAUUCCGCGUUACUCGAAGGGUCUUUUUGAAUAGAUAAUUGUAUUGUGUAUGCCGUAUGCCGUAUGUCGUGUGAAUUUGAUGAUUUGAGUAUUGCGUAGUGUUUGUGUGAUUUGAUUCUAGUUUGUGUCUUUACGUACGUUGAUUUAAAGAAUAUUUUAUGUAUGUUUUUUUAUUAUAAAAUUUAUUUUAUUGGCGCCAAAAUGGUUAGAGACGUAAUAUGUUUUUAUCAUGAUUUUGUGAUUAUAAAGAAAUAAACAAAACAGCCCAAUUUUUGCAACUACGAGAUGAGUUACAACUGAUUUAUUUAAUAAUACGGUGUAUUUUACAAUUUUUUUAAUGUACGUUCUGUUAUUGUUAUCUACGUCUCUAAUCAAAA